AUGUCGAGCUAUCAUACAGUCUCCCCCAAAUACUUGUUGCUAUUCGAAUCAAUCAAUCCGGUCUUUGACGUUCAGUCGGACACACGUGUCGCUGACAAUUUCUCCACUCUCAGGCUUCAGCACACGAUGCGUUUCUUCGUCAUCCUCCCCCUCCUUCUCGCUGCCAUCGCUUUGGCACGACCCGUUGAAGAUAACGAAGAUGGCUUCUUCAGUCCGAAGAAGAAGACCCCAUCGCUCAAAGACGGACUCCUUGGAGCGGGCGCGCCCGCUAUUGCUAUUGGGAAGGAGACAUCUGUGUGA